AUGUGCUCGGAAGGAGGUUGUGGUACUUGCGUUGUAGCUGUAGAAGAAAUUAAACCUAGCGGAGAAAAACACGUAUUCGCAAUCAACUCUUGUCUUGUUUCAAUUUUGUCUUGUCACGGUUGGAAAAUCUAUACAGUGGAAGGCAUUGGAAAUCCAUUAAAAGGCUAUCACGAAAUCCAAAAAGUACUAGCUGAUAAUAAUGGUAGUCAGUGCGGGUUUUGCUCUCCUGGAAUGGUAAUGAACAUGUACGCACUGCAACAAUCGUUUCGGUCCAAAACCAAAAGCCAAAUUGAAAAUUCUUUUGGAGGCAAUAUUUGUAGGUGCACCGGAUACAGACCAAUCAUGAAAGCUUUUUAUAAUUUGGUUGUUGAUAUUGAAGAUAUUGAUAGGGUUUAUGAAAAAUGUCCUAAUAAAAACAAAGUUGAGAGUUAUUGUUUGAAGCUUGGAAAAGCUAAUUGGCUAAAAGUCUACUACAUCAGUGACUUGUUGGAGAUUUUUAGGACUUCCAAGGAUUUUGAUUAUGUGCUAGUGGCUGGGAAUACUGCUCAAGGGGUGGUAUGGAGGACAAGUUUCCCACAGACCUACAUAGACAUAACCAGUGUAGAUCAACUUUUAGGUCAUACUUUGUCUGACAAUUCUCUUACUUUGGGCGCCAACGUAACGCUAACUGAUGCAAUAGAUAUUUUUGAGGAGGCAGCUAAAAAAUAUCCAAGUUUUAGCUAUUUGAGUCGAGCCGCUGAUCAUAUUGACUUAGUCGCAAAUGUACCAGUAAGAAAUAUUGGCACCCUUGCAGGUAAUUUAAUGCUCAAGCAUAAACACCCGAGAUUCCAGUCAGAUAUUUUCCUGAUUCUGGAAACUAUUAAGGCAACUUUAAUUAUUGUCGAUGAAAUUGACGAUGAAUUCAGAAAAAGCCCGAGCGAAUUCCUAGACCUCGACAUGAACAAAAAAAUCAUCAGAGAAAUCGUCCUUAGAGGUUUCGAUCCGGCAACGUAUCAAUUUCAAACAUACAAGAUAAUGAAACGUUCUCAAAACGCUCAUGCAACAGUAAACGCAGGUUUCCUUUUGAAACUUAGCCCAGAGGGCAUUGUGAGCUCAGCUAAUAUAGUUUACGGGGCCAUUAACACUAAAUUUGUGCACGCUUCAAAAACAGAAGAUUCACUCAUAAAUCAAAACCUAUUUGAUAAUGGCACAUUACAAAAAGCAUUUGCUUCAUUAAGCCUGGAAAUCGUGCCUGAUAAUGAACCAGCUGAAGCUUCGCCUGAAGCCAGGAAACAAUUAGCGAUUAAUUUAUUUUAUAAAUUUGUGCUGAGCAUUGCGCCAUCAAAUAAACUCUCGCCAAGAAACCAAAGCGGCGGGUCAAUGUUAUCCAGACCAUUAGCCAGUGGGAUCCAGGAAUAUGGUACCAAUGAGGCCAUGUACCCUGUGACUCAGCCUGUUGUCAAGCUUGAGGCUUUAGCUCAAACUUCUGGACAAACACAGUACAUUGUGGACAAACCAGAUUUGCCCAAUCAACUUCACGCGUGUUUCGUUACGGCAGAAUCCACGCCGGGUUCGAUAAUAAAAUCCAUAGAAAAAUCCGAAGCGGUUGCAGUGGAAGGUGUAGCAGGCUUUUACGACUUCAAAGAUAUUCCCGGAGUCAAUUCAAUUACGGCGUUAAGUUUUCAGUUGCCCGCUGAGGAGUUUCUUUGCAGCGGUACCGUGCAGUAUUUUUCGCAGCCGGUUGCAGUUAUAGUUGCUAGCAGUCAUGAAAUUGCUUAUAAAGCUUCAAAAUUGGUCAAAAUCGAUUACGAGUUGCCUACUGUGAAGCCCUCACUGACACCCAAAGAUUUGUUAGAAGCUAAAAGGAAUGAUAGGAUUAUACAUCAGGGAACUGUAGUACCAAAAAAGACUAAAAAAGGUACAAAAAUUAUCGAGGGUGAAUUUUACUCUGGCGCGCAGUACCAUUUUCAUAUGGAAACUCAUUGCAGCUACACCGUGCCUACUGAAGAUGGUUUGGAAAUUUGGGCUUCCACUCAGUGGUUGGCCCAUACUCAAUUUGUGAUGUCGCAAAUUCUCAAUUUAGAUGCACAAAAAAUUGACGUCACAGUAAAACGCCUGGGUGGAGCUUACGGAGCGAAAAUCAUUAGAAGUAACUAUGUAGCUGCAGCUACAGCUCUUGCAGCCCACAAACUACGAAAACCUGUAAGGAUGUGGCUGCCUUUUCACACUAAUAUGAGCAUGUUGGGCAAAAGACAUCCCCUUUACACCACCUAUAAAGUAGAAAUCGACGAUAAAGGCGUAAUACAAAACAUGAAAUCCUCUCUUUAUUCUGAUUACGGAGUCGGAAUGGGUGGCGACAACAUUAAUCAUUUUCUCAUGGAUUGUUUCGAAAACGGUUAUAAAUUCGAUACUUGGACUUAUGAUACUUACAUUGCUAGGACUGAUACGAAUCCUAAUACUUAUACUAGAGCUCCAGGAACUCUUGAAGGUUUGGCUUGCAUUGAAAGCAUCAUGGAAGAAAUCGCCUAUACCCUAAACUUAGACCCUUUAGAUGUAAAAAUUGCCAACUUAGACACCAAAAAAUACCCAAAAAUCUUGCAAUAUAUCAACGACAUGAAAAAAAACGACAAACUCAACGAACGAAUGGCUGAAGUUAAAGCCUACAAUAAAGCUAACCGUUGGAAAAAGAAAGGCCUUGCUGUAGCCACAAUGAAAUGGACAUUGAGUUUGCAAGGCUCCUACACCACUCUAGUGUCAAUUUUCUAUCAAAACGGUGGCGUAGCCAUAAGCCACGGAGGUGUGGAAAUGGGACAAGGAAUCAACACAAAAGUGGCCCAAGUUUGCGCUCAAAAACUUGGCAUUCCAAUGGAGCUUAUUUCUAUUAAGCCCAGCAUCACUUACGCUUCACCCAAUAGCUUUGCUUGUGGCGGUAGUUGGACUUCUGAAGCUAUUUGCUAUUCAGUUAUAGUUGCUUGCGAUAGGCUUUUAAAGCGAAUGGAUCCGGUUAAAAAGCAAAAUCCACAAGCUCCCUGGGAUGUUUUAGUAAAACUUGCAUUUCUUGCCAAUAUAAAUUUAAGUGCCCAUGGAUUUGUUUACAAUGACAAAAAAUCUAUCCAAGACUAUCCAAUAUUCGGAGUGUGUGCUGCAGAAGUUGAAGUUGACAUUCUCACUGGUCAAAAACUGAUAUCAAGAGUUGAUAUUAUCGAAGAUGUAGGUGAAAGUAUCAGUCCGCUGGUUGAUAUUGGCCAAGUGGAAGGUGCCUUUGUUAUGGGCAUCGGUUAUUAUUUGCACGAGCAACUAUUUUUUAGCGAAAAUGGCGAAUUGCUCAAUAAUAGGACUUGGAAUUAUGCCCCGCCUGGUGUCAAAGACAUUCCCGUGGAUUUUCGGAUUAGGUUUCCAACAAAUAAUCCUAAUCCAGUGGGAGUCUUAAAAUCAAAAGCUACAGCCGAGCCUCCGAUGUGUCUAUCAGUUGCUGUACCGUUAGCUGUAAGAAAUGCUCUUGCUUCGGCUAGAGAGGACGCCGACAGUUCUAAACCCAAAUGGGUUCCAUUUAAUGGACCUACUACCCUGGAACAUACACUUUUGAAUAAUCUCAAUGACUACACGCAAUACACUUUGUGA